AUGACCAUAAGUAGUAGUGGUGAUGAACCUGCAUACGGAGAACUGGGGGGAGAUCAUGCCCUCACAGAUGGCAAUGGUCCCAUCUGUUGGGUUCCCUUCCUCCUCCACACCCCUACUGCCCACUGCAUCACCUAUACCAACAGCCCUGCAUGGUUCAACACCUGCUACAAGGCAGGUAUAGGGCGUCUGCUGAUGGGUGCAGACCAUGAGCUCUCCUCAGAUGUUUUUCAGUGGUGGCUGCUAAGUGAAACCCUGCAUGGUCCCCCAAGUGGAGUCUAGCUUCAGGCCAUAAUUCAGCAGCUCUUCAGUGUCCUCCGGGCCCUGACAGCUGAUGUGUGGGACCCAUCUCACUGUGCGGUGGUGGGGAACUCAGGGUGGCUGAAAGGGUCCAGCCAUGGGCUUCUAAUUGAUGCUCAUGACUGCAUGCUGAGGACAAACAGAGCAGAAAUGCCUGGCUUUGAGCUGGAUGUUGGCAUGAGUACAACCCAUCACUUCAUCUGGGUGCAGCUAACAGCUAGUCUAGCAAGUUCCCGUGAGAAAGGAAUUGCACCUGUGAAAAUAGAGGCUCUAACUACAGGUUUUUUCCACUUCUCUCAGAGCAAUCUCUUCCCGAACCGGUUGGGGGGUGGGAGAAAGGGGCCAUGUGGGUUUGCUUCCCGGGGGGAGCCCCAUUGGAGGUUUUCUCCCAGAUUUGCCCUAAACCAGGACACCUUCAAACUUCUGGACAUAAAGUUGGUGACUAGUGCUUUCUCCACCAGAGAACUCACAAGGACAUAUGUGAGAGUUAAACAGUUCAUCAAAGCUGACAGGAACAAGGUGUCGAUCCUGAGCCCAGCUUUCCUCAAGUACAUCUAUGACAAUUGGACACCAGAUCAUGGGCGAUACCCUUCCACUGACUUCACAGCCCUGCUCUUUGCCCUGCACACCUGCCAGGUCUCCAUGUUUGGCUUCAGAGCAGACAGUGAAGGGAACUGGCACCACUCCUGGGAAAAAAACUUGUGGUCCAGAGCCUUUCACAGGACUAGAGUCCAUGAUGCUGAUGUUGAAUUCAGCUGCAUCAAGAGAUGGGCACAUGAAGGCAGGAUUUUAUUCUACAAGUGAUACAUUUCCAAGAAACUGGAGCCAGGUUGUUUGGCCAGGAAUGGGCCAAAGGGCAUUGCCAGCAGCUGUCCUGGGUCUUUAGCUUGCUGCUCCACCCCACCACCUGAGCUCACAGACCCUGCAAUUCAGAGGGUUUUGGUACUAUUUGUUCUGGUCCUACCAGCUAGGUACUGUGGGUGCCAUUCUCCCAUGGCAGCAGCGAUGUCGCAUCUAGCUGGACAUAGGGUGGACACAGUUCUGCCCAUGCUGGUUGGGAGGGCCAAAGGGGAGAUGUUGGGGCUGGAGAUGGUCAUGGAACCUGUGAGCUGCUGUGUGUGGCCCUGCAGGACUGUGAAGCCAGUGGUGGACAGCAGCUGGUCAAAUGUAGCUGUCUGCAUGACAGAGGUGGUAUUUCCACCCACUGAUGGUUUCUGAGGGAGGUUUGUAGUUGUUCUUAGGAAGGAUGUCCCUCUCACCCUGUGCAGUCUUUUGCUAAGUCUUUUAUUCUUCCAUGUGGGAAAUGGAAAAAUAGAAACUUCUACAGAUGCUGAAGGGUUCAAUCUGCAGCCUUAGAAAGAGUUUGGGUUAAUGUAAUGAUAAAGGUACACAAUCAUUAAGUAGAAAAAUGCUAAACUUGUGUUCCUAUAAUUGUAAGAAUGUGCCUUGAGUAAGUAAGAAAUUAUAUUAGGUAAAAUAGUGAGAAGUUUGAGCUGUAAUUAUGUGACUUUUAGGGUAGGCUAAGGAUCUAGAAGCUAUAAUGGAGGUAUGUGUGGGGGUACAUGACCUGCCAGUUUAUUGGCUGAAAGACAGGCACAGUAUGGCAAAAUUAGGCAAAGGUGAUAGAUUAUUAAGUAGAAACAAGUUUCGUGUUAAGUGUGUAUUGGAUCAAAAUGUUAUAUAUUGUGAUGUGAAGAAGAAACCUGUGACUACCUUUAAGCUAUGGCUGACUUGUUGCUUCUCUCCAAAUCUCAUGCUCUGAAGACUGAUACCUGGCUAACUUAAGCAAUAAAGCAUCUUAAAUAGCAUGGUGGUCCCAUCUCUCGUUUUUCAUCUUGAGAUUUCCAGUCUUUAACUAGGGGAAUAUUUUUUAAAAUUCCAUCUAGGAAGAGUAAGAAGGGAAAAAUGGUGACAGAAGACAACAAAAUUGAAUAAAUUUGAAAUGAUCCUAUGUUGAAUAAACUUUGAAAAUACAUGUGAACCACAAUUUCCUUUGCUUUUUGAUCCCUUACAACUUUGAAAAGGGCACCCCUGCAGAACAUGGCUGCAGACCCUGGAGACUGAGCUCCCCAAAGUAGGUUUUUCUCCUCCAGUGAUAGUAAUAUAUUUUAAAAUCAUAGAAAAUUUGGAGAGUUACAAAGAAAGUUAGGCUUGGCAAGCCCUGGGAAAAAUAGGCCCUGGGAAAUGUUAGGCCUUGUGCUUGCUAAGAUCAUGUUAAACUGCACCAGUGUAGUUAGUAUAUAAUAAAUGAUACAAUUGUUAGACGUGAUUAGAUAUAAUUAUUGUUUAAUGAAUCAUGAGAAACUAUGUUAGGGGUUUGAGGUGAGAUCACAAGAAAUCCAUGCUUGGAUAAAAUCAAUGUAUACAAUAGAACAAUGUAAGUUUAAUAAUUAAUAUAUAAAUUGUAUAACAAUAGAGUAUAAAAAACAUGUUCAGCUCAAAACCAAGUUGGGUCAGAUUUGGAUAUGUGUACUCCUGACACCCAGAGCUCUUAAUAAAGCACCUUCAUAUAAUCAUUC